AUGGCACAAGAGCAGCAGCUUCUCAAAACAUCUCCGCCCGACAUCUUGGUUUGUACUCCUGGACGCUUGGCCGAGCACUUCUUAGGACGAGGUGCGUGCCUGGACCUCAGCCGCCUUCGCUGGUUUGUGGUGGACGAAGCGGAUCGGCUGCUGACGCAGACCUAUCACCGUUGGUUGGAGGUCAUGGAUCGAGCGUGCUGCAAAGAGGUGCACGAGGGUCCAAGACCUCAGAAGCUGCUCUUUUCUGCCACCAUGACCUGGGACCCAAGGAAGCUGGCGCAAUUGAAACUACUGAGGCCGCUGUACUUCUUCUCUUCUCGCACUGGGCAGUAUGCAACCCCUGCGCAGCUGCAGCAGCACUAUUUGCGAUGCCCAGCCAAUGCAAAGCCUUUAGCGGUCUUGUACCUUUUGGAAUACGUGCUGAAAAAGGUAGAAGCUGAACAUGCGAAGGUGCUUGUCUUCUGCCAGUCAGUCAACACUGCACACCGCCUUGCACGAUUACUGCAGAUUGCUUGUGCCUUGCGCGGGAAGUACCGAGCAAAGCUUGGAGAAGAGGCAGAGGAAGAGGAAGAACGGACGGAUGAUGAACUGGUGCAGGUGCCGCAGGCAAAGGGUUCACCUGAAGCCCUGGGGCCCGGCACAGUGGCGGAGUUCUCCUCCAGCCUGACGCAGAAGGAGCGCGGGAAGCUGCUGAAGCAAUUCAGCUCUGGGAAGGUGAUGUGCUUGAUUUGUUCAGAUGUGGUGGCCCGUGGCAUCGACAUCCCGGAGGUGACGGCGGUGGUGAACUACACGGCUCCUGCACACCUCCAAACCUACAUCCACCGUGUGGGGCGGACAGCUCGAGCUGGGAAGGUGGGACACACCUUCACCUUUGUGACCCGCGGCGACAUGGAUCGUUUCGAGAAGAUGCUUCGGGAGAGCGCAGACUGCUGGGAGCGCAUCAGCAAGUUCCCCAUCCCCAAGGAGGCGCGCAGCCGAAAGAAGGCGUGGUGGACCCCUGCCCUGGAGGCCUUACAGAGGUGCUUGGACCUGGAAUCCAAGGGCCAUUUGAGCCCCGUAAAGCCUCUGGCCAUGGAUAAUUUGCUGACUUCGGCUUUGCCGACGGCGAAGCCCCCGAAGCCACGCGGCGUUCGGGCCGCGCCGGUGGAGCUGGUGGAGGAGAAGGAAGUGAAGGAGAAGCGAGUGAAGGAGAAGGAAGAGAAGUCGAUGUUGGACUUCUUGAAAGAUGGAUGGGGCACUUGA